AUGUCUUGUCUUGUCGCCCCAAAAAACACGUGUAGUUUCUAGUAAACAAAAACAACAUGCGCCAUUGUUCGGCCAGCCAGUCAUUAACAUAUGACCUGUCAGAAACUAAGCUAAGUCUGAGUUUAUAAACAAGAGACGAACAAGUAGCAAAGUUAGCUUUCUAUGAGUGUGUUUCAAACUUACCACCCUCUAGCUUGACGUUAGGUGCGGUCAAUGGAGUCCACUGCUGUUAAGAAGCUGUUAAGAAGUCCACUGAUACCUUCAUCUUGUCUUCCAUCUCCACAAGCAAAACAAACGACACCAAACACAGCAUGGCUCUCCAGUCUGAUGGACCCAUGCAGCCUCUCUGACAUUUGUGAUUCUUGUCACCAACUUGCAACAUGCAAGGCCCUGAACGGAUCAAAAGACGCCUGCUUCUGCAACCAUGGAUAUACUGGAGAUGGAACGACAUUUUGCAACGAUGAUAACGAGUGCCAGAAUGUGACGAAUAUCUGCGGGGACAGGGGGAACUGCACCAACACAGCGGGCAGCUACUACUGUACAUGUGUCUCUGGAUACGCAUCGACAGGACUGGCCGAGUUCCAGCCCAACGAUGGCACCGAAUGCAUCGAUAUUGAUGAAUGCAAGUCAGGACCGGUCUGUGGACCAAACUCACACUGCCAUAAUACGAAUGGAUCUUUCUAUUGCACCUGUCAGCGUGAUUACAUCCCAACUUCAGGCACUAAGCACUUUCAUCCAGAGAGAGGUGUAAGAUGUAAAGAGCAUCCCAAAAAGUACUGCCAUGACAACAUCGGGUGCAUCACACAGACUGUCAACAAAACACUUGAAUAUAUGAGCAACCUCACGGAGCCCCAGAGUCUGUUGAAGGAAAUUGCCAAGCAGACGUCCGGCGAGCUCACCUCAGUGGAAGUGAUCGCAUAUGUUGAGGCCUUGUGUCGAUCCGCAUCAACGCUGGCUGCCGAAGAAAAGGAUUACACUGUCAAACCAUCCGUCAUCAACUCAACUCUGACAAAAUUAGUGACGGCAGUAAACAACUUGGUGGAGAAGGAUGAAGUGGUGGCUUGGAGCCGAAUGAAAGAAGAACGCCGGGAACAUACCAUCACCAAGCUGCUACAUACGGUUGAAGAAAGUGCUCUGACUCUGGCUAACAACUACAAAACUCCAACCGAGCUGGAAAUCAAAGCCACAGAAAUGGAAUUGAAACUCUUCACCUUUGACGCUCGUCACACAAAAGCCAAACUUUCUGCUUCGAUGGGAGGAGAUCAUAUAAAUCUGACUCCAAAACUGAGACAAGCGGAAGAAAGAAAUGGAAGUGUGUCAGUGGUGUUUGUGCGAUAUGACAGCAUCGGUGACAUCCUGAAGCCGAGCAGCGACCCAGGUGUCACCGACUACUCGCGCUAUGCAGAGACUGGGGAAAUCACUGUCAACUCCCAAGUCAUCGCCGCAGCCGUCAAACCUGCUGACGUUUACCAACUUGACCAUGUCACCUUCACUCUGAGACACAACGAGCCCAUAGACACUAAAGCUGAUGUGACCAAGUGCGCCUUCUGGGAAUACGAGCCGGACAGCCUGCAGGGCCGCUGGGCCACUCACGGCUGCAAGACGCUCCACGUCAACAGCAAUGCAACCACCUGCUCCUGCAAUCACCUCACACACUUUGCCAUCCUCAUGUCCUCUGGGCGAGCCAACCUGGUGGCCCACUACACCAUCCUGACCCGCAUCACUCAGCUGGGGAUGAUCAUCUCCCUCAUCUGUCUGUCCAUGUGCAUCUUCACCUUCUGGUUCUUCAGUGAGAUCCAGAGCACCAGAACCACCAUCCACAAGAACCUGUGCUGCAGCCUCUUCAUGGCCGAGUUCAUCUUCCUGGUGGGGAUCAACAUGAACACACACAAGCUCUUCUGCUCUGUUAUUGCAGGGCUGCUGCACUAUUUCUUCCUUGCGGCCUUUGCCUGGAUGUGCAUCGAGGGCAUCCAUCUGUACUUAAUAGUUGUUGGCGUCAUCUACAACAAAGGCUUCCUGCACCGUAACUUCUACAUCUUUGGCUAUGGAAGCCCCGCGGUGGUGGUCACCAUCUCGGCAACACUCGGCUCCAAGUAUUACGGCACUGAUAAAGUGUGUUGGCUGAGCACAGAAAACCACUUCAUAUGGAGUUUCAUCGGCCCGGCGUGUUUGAUCAUUCUGGUUAAUCUCUUGGCUUUCGGAGUAAUCAUCUACAAAGUGUACCGGCACACUGCUGUGAAAAAGCCUGAAAUCAGCCACUAUGAAAACAUCAGGUCGUGCGCCCGUGGUGCCCUGGCUCUGCUGUUCGUGCUGGGAGCCACCUGGACUUUAGGAGUGCUGCACAUCCUGCAUGAGACCACCCUCACUGCCUAUCUGUUCACCAUCGCCAACACCUUCCAGGGCAUGUUCAUCUUCAUCUUCCUCGUUGUCCUGUCCAGAAAGAUCCAGGAGGAAUACUACAGGCUUUUCAAAAACGUCCCAUGUUGUUUUGAAUGUCUGAGAUGAAUCAAUGCGACUGCUGAUCACUUGCACUUGUACAAUAAUAGCUACAGCUUUGCAAUAUCCUGUGACUCAUGCAUUUUUUUUUUUUUCAUCGUCACAUCACAUCGUUCUUUUUGCAAAACGAUGUGAGAGGAAUUGUUUCGGGCUCAUGUCUCAUAAACAGGAACACACAGCACUUGUAAUUUCUACAUUUCAUCAUGUCUACAUCAUCUAUACAUCAUGUUUGUUUUGUGCACGAUGCAUUUAAACUUCAGUAUCAACAUGUUCAUGAAACACAUUCUUCUGAGAGUAAUGCAAGAAUCCAAAAUAUGUUUUCUUCACUCUUUAUAACCUAUGCAGCCUGAUGUCUGUGUUCUUUUCUUGUGUUUGAAAUUGAUUUGUAAAUUAUUAAAAAAUAAUGUGGCAAAGUAACACGUAACUCUGCUGCUCACUUCUUUUAUGUGUAGAAAUCAAUGGUUGUGUUUAAUGCAUUCUUCAACCUACCUUUUAUGAAUAUCACACAACUAAGUGUACAGUGUAAUAAAUAUGAAAUAUUUGGGAGGAGAGCUUUGGUAGACCAAUGGCUCCAUCUACUGGACAUAUGAAUGAACAGCAUGGUAACAUCUGUCUGUAUGAGCAGACAGAGGCUCAUCUCUCUGUGUAUGUUUAUUUGUAGCAUGUAUGUCCACAUGAGCCCGGUUGUGCAUAAAUAAAUAUUGUAGUUAUUUCUUAA